AGAUCAAAAUUUUAUUAAAAGAACUAAAAAAAGCUCUCCAAGUUGAAUUGUACUUGUAUGUUACCUCUGUUGAUGUUGUGUAAGAAUAUUAAUAUUGUUGGGAUAUCUGUCUGACAAAAACAGAACACAGUUUAUUUAAAUCAUAAGUUCUUUAGUACUGUUGCGUAUUUGAAGAAAAACCAUAUUAUGUCAAAGGAUAUCCGAAGUUUUUUCAAGCCAUUAGCGAAAACAACUUCGUCUAAUCAAACUAAAGAUGAAUCUAAAAACUCAGAAAAACAAUCUAAACCUAAAACUCUGGAAAAAACAUCCAAAAAGGAUGCAUCGAAGAAAACAAACAAGUCUACAAAACCUUUUUCCAAUUCAAGCAUUAGAAAUGCAUCUUCGAGAUCAGUGUCAACAGUAAAAGAUGAGAAAAAUAUGGAAGUUAUUUCUUCAGAUUCAGAUACUUGUUUAGUUAUUGAAAAUCAAGAAGAGAAAAGAGAAAAAAAUAGCAAAACAGAUAAGAAAAAUUUGAAAAAGGUUCCUGAUACUAAAAAUAAAGAUAGAAUUGAAAUUGUUUCAUCAGAUUCAGAGCCUUCUUCAAAAGUUUCUCCCAUAAAAAAAAGUAAGAAAAUUAAAAGAGAUGGACACUCCAAAAAUGAGUUGGAAAAAUAUUCUCAUAAAUCUGUUAAUUUGAAAAAGCUAGGUAAUAUAACAAAAAAAGUAGAAGAUAGUGAUGACGAUGUAGAUAUCAUUAAUCCUACACCAGAGAGAUUAAAUAUGAAAAAACGGAAGCUACAAAUAAACUCUGACUCUGAAGAUGAUACUGUUAAAACAAAAUAUAUUAAAAAAAUUAUCAUGCCUCAAAAAGCAGAAAAAUUAAAACCUGUUAAUGUAUCUGAUAUUUUCAGUGGUAAAGUUAAUCAAUCAAAGGAAAAAACUGCUAUAGAAUCACCUACUAUUGUUAAAAAGGCUAAAAAAGUUAAAACUGAACUUGGAAUUCAUGAUGAUAAAAAGUUUGAAAAAACAUUAAUUGAUCUUGAUGAUGAUAUUUUUUUACAAAAUGAAGACAUUUUAGACAAAACUAUAGAAGGUGCCAUAAAAAAUAGUUCAGAGCUUGAAGAAGUAACAAAAAAACAAUCAUAUUCUGAUGAGGAUACCAAAAUAAUAUCCACUAAAAAUGAUAUUUCUGAAAAAGGGAGCUUCUCCCCAAUAAAAAAUAGAAUAUCAAGAAAGAGACAACAUGAGGAUAAUGAAAAAGAUGAAACACUAAGUGAAAGUAAAAAAACCAAAUUAACUCAUACAGAUUCAGGUUUUGAUGAUCAAGAACGCUAUGAGAAAAAGAAAUACUGUGCCAUGCAAUAUCAACAGUAUCUCAAUCGUGGAGGUCCAAAGAAUCAUGGAUCUAAAGAACUGCCUAAGGGUAAAGUGGAUUGUCUAUCAAAUUUAAUUUUCUUACGAACUGGUGUCCUGGAUUCAUUAGAGUCUGAAGAAUUUGAAAAUCUGAUCAAGGAACAUGGUGGAAAAGUAGUUCAUAGUGUUUCAAAAAAAGUAAAUUAUGUUGUUGUUGGAGAAGAUCCUGGUCCAACAAAACUUCAGAAAGCUGAGAACUAUAAAAUCCCAACUUUAUCUGAAGAUGAACUUCUUGAUAUGAUACUUCAAAAAUCAGGAAUGCCAAAAAAAUAUACAGUACUCAAAACCUCCAGUUUUGAAGAUGCAGGUAUAAAUGAUUCAUUUGUAUCAAAUGAAAGUGAAGAAGUUGUUCAACCAAAAGCAAAGAGAUCUGAGGUUCCGUUCGAAAAAAAAUCUAAUGAAAAAAUAGUCAAGAAAGGAGUUGAAUAUAGAAAAAGUCCCAUUAAAACAUCAGUUGAAGAUGACACCAAAAAGGAUAUAUCUAAUAUUGAAGAUAGAAAGAUUGAACAGAAAUAUGAAGAUACUAAAAAGGAACAAAUAGAUGGUUGCAUCAUGUCAUUGUCAGAAAAAUACAAACCCAAAGAAUUAAAACAAAUUAUUGGGCAACAAGUAAGCAAUAGUAACAUGAACAAAUUGAAAAAAUGGCUAGAAUGUUGGCAUAUCAAUGAAAAAUUGCGAAAACAAAAAAAAAUUGUUCAACCAAAGCCUUGGGACAAAAAUAAUGAUGGAGGAUAUUUCAAAUGUGCUCUUUUAAGUGGCCCACCAGGAGUUGGGAAAACAACCACUGCCACUUUAGUUGCAGAAAGCCUAGGUUUUGAUAUAGUAGAAUUCAAUGCUUCAGAUACCAGGAGUCAAAAGCUUCUCCAAAGAGAAGUAGCUAAUGCUUUAAGUUCUCAGAAUAUAUCAUCUUUUAACAUCUAUAAUACAGGGCUUGAUAAUAAGAGAGUAAUAUUGAUGGACGAAGUUGAUGGUAUGGCAGGAAAUGAAGAUCGUGGAGGAAUGCAGGAACUCAUAAGCCUUAUUAAAAUAUCCAAAAUACCAAUAAUUUGUAUGUGUAAUGAUAGAAACCAUCAAAAAAUGAGGACAUUGUCUAAUUAUUGCUUUGAUUUAAGAUUUGAUAAACCAAAAGCUCAGCAAAUUCUUGGCUUUGUUAUGUCAAUAUGUUGCAAAGAAGGUAUUCAAGUGAACCCUCAGAUAGCCACAGAAAUUAUAAAUGGAACAACUUGUGAUAUAAGGCAAACGUUGAACCAGCUAUCUAUGUUAUCAAAUUUGAAUACUGGGAUAAGUUUAGAGCAGGCUCAAAAAGAUUCUGCCAAUGCCAAAAAAGAUACAGUUUUAGGUCCUUGGCAAGUUUGUAAAAUGGUAUUCAAUGAAACUGACCAAAAGGAUAUGUCAUUGAUUGAUAAAUCCAGGCUGUUCUUUUAUGAUUAUAGUUUGGGUCCUUUAUUUAUACAGGAAAAUUACUUGAAAGUUCAACCCCAUGUAGAUAAGAAGCUUACUUUGAAGCAUGUGUCAGCCGCAGCAGAAGCUAUUAGUAUGGGAGCAAGUAUUGAUAAGAAAAUAAGAGAAUCAAACAAUUGGUCUCUUCUUGAUUUACAAGCCAUAUAUUCAUCUGUUUUGCCUGGUCAUUAUAUGAGUGGUCAAUUUACUGGAGCCAUAGAUUUUCCAUCUUGGUUAGGCAAAAACUCCAAGAGAAAUAAAAUUAAGAGAUUAAAUAAUGAAUUAUCUAUGCAUACCAGGAUUCAAACAUCUGGAGGAUCCCUUGCCAUGAAUUUGGACUACUCAAGAGCAUUGCUAAUGUCCAUAGUAACUCCUUUAAAGAAAAAAGGUAUGGAGGGUGUAUCAGAUGCUGUUGAGGUUAUGAAAACUUACCAAUUACUACGAGAAGAUUUGGACAGUUUGGUAGAAUUUUGUACAACUGCCAAACAAAAGAAUAUGAUGGACGGAGUUGAAUCAAAGGUUAAGGCGGCAUUUACUAGAUUAUACAACAAGGAGGUGCCAAUAUUUUCAUAUUCUGCAAAUUCAGGAUUCUCGAAGAAGAAAAAUUCUGUUCUAUAUGACGACAAUGAAUUGGGGGACAAUGAAGAUGAUGAAACAUCUGAAACAGAAGAUAAAAUAGAAAAUGACAACCUGAUUAAAACUAAGUCAAAAUCUAAGACCCAGAAUAAGAAAGAAACUGCAAAGACAAAAACUUCUAAUCCAGGAUCGAAGUCUAAAGGAAAAGGAAAGGGAAAGAAAUGAAUUUAUGUUUAGUUGUUUUGUUAUUAUGUAUUAUUUUACUGAAAUAUACUUUUGACUUAUUUUA